AUGAGAAAACUUCAGAUUAGACAAGAGAGAAAAAUAAAACUAGAUGAGCUAUUCAGCCAGAAUAAGAAAACUCCUUUGGAGAAAAAUAGAUUUAAUAAUAGAGAUUUUGAUUUCAGCUGAUUAAAAGAAGAAAAAUCUCAAAGCAGUUGAUUUGAAGUCAAUAAAGAAUCAGAGACUUCUCCAGCUACCCUAAACACAAUUCAAAAUAAUCCAAAAACUCAAGAAACUCAAACAAAUACAGAAGUAAGCUACAUUAGAGAUCUUGCUGAGCCUAAAAUGAGCUCUGGAUAUUUUGAGAAAAAGCAUGACAUAGGUCCUUGAUAUCAGGGAAACAAUUCAAAUGAUUUCUCUGCAUCAAAGUCUCUUUGGAGAAGUGUCCUCGAUAAAUCGCCUGGAUCUCUACGCCGCCUAAAAGAAAAUCUAAGUUCAAACCGAGAAAAAACUUUUGUCGUCAAUAAAUCAAUGAUUGAUAAACUUAAGUCUCCAAAAGAUUAUGCAUAUGCAUUUACUGAGGAAAGUAAUAUAUUUAAAUCUUCCAUUAUUCGAACACGAACUCACUCCCCAAAAAUGACUCCUUCUUACUCUGUUUCUUCAUUUGAAUUUCCAAAGCUACCAAGAAAGUAUAGACCUAAGAAAUCUAAAAGAUCAUCAAGAUUUGAAUUUCUGUCAGUCCCAAAGAAAUUUUAUCAAAGCCCUUUCAAAAAAGAGAAAAAGAUGCUCAUACUUUCAAUGCAACGUUCCGUUCGAAGACUAUAA